AUGGCUUUCACCGUUCUUGUUUCAUGUCUCGUCCUCACCACGGUCGCAAGCGCGGCUGUAGAAACGCCCAGUUAUGGCAAAAUCGCUGCACAAGACUUCGCCAAGAAUCUGGCUUUGGUCCAUCAAAACAUGUACACCGGUGCUACAGGGUUGGGUAGCCCUUUGAUCAAGCUCGGGGUAGACACUGCUCCAAAUCUGGCUCACUUGUACGCUAUAUUCAACGGAGUGAAUGUAAAUCCUGCUCUAGCAGCUGCGUUGAAGACUCUCUACGGACAGGCGGCCGUGGGUGGAGGGAAGCUGGCUGGGUCCGCUGCAGUCUCGGGGUCGUCGAUGCUGGGGUCCCUCAUGAAUCUGGCAGGUCAUGGUGUUCAGGCGGGCGGUCAGGUGGUAGAGGCAUCAGCGAACUCUGGAAUCCACCUUGCUGGUAAACUGGGGGAUUACACUGCAUCAGGAAUUUCUGUAGGAGCAGACAUCGGUGCUUCAGGGCUAAAGACAGCAGGUGAUACUAUGCUGGCUGGAUCCGUUGGGGUUAAUGUAAUCUCCCAAGGUAUCGCUAGAGUAUUGGAUGCUAUUGGAGGAAGACUAGUGGCUGCCAUCUCAUCAGCUGAGCAAACAGCUUCAAAACUCCUAGACUCUGGUGUCAAGGUGUUAGAAAAUGGUGCUUUACAAUUCGCUGACAAAACCAAUGAGAACGUGUACAAGGGCCUGGUUGCGUAUGUCCAGAUCUUGAACCAUAUUCAGAACCUCUUUAAUCAGUUGGCAACAGCCAUUGCAAGCAUUGCUAACCUCAGUGUGUCUUCAUCCUCUACAUCCUCAGCAAGUUCUGCCUCUACCACUACUUCAAGCUGACCCACCAUUUACCACACUUUUGUUCUGUAAAAAGUGUCACCAUAAUAAAUACAAUUAACAAAAUGAUUUUUAUAGGCCUGAAAAUUUUUGUUUGUAAAUUAUUUGGUUGU